UAUAACAGGCACCUAAUUAGUGGAGAUGUAGGGUUCUCCCUCUAAGUACAAAACAGCACAGGGUGUAUUGAUAGGAUAAAAGCAAACAAACAAAAACACAGUUGUGUUUGGCAUCUAACCCUGAUGAGUCAAUGAUCAGUUAUGACAGCGAUGUACAUAGGAUGCCCUAAGGAAAAAUAACUUGUUUGUUGCAUUUGUGCCUACCUAUCAGUUCUAAUAGGUGCUCUACAUCUUGGCUGCAUUUCUGAUCAGGUCUGAAGCUGGAGUAGAAGGAAGAUGCAGAACUUUGCUCCAGAUGGGAGGAGGUUGGGGGGAAGGGAAUUAGGGCUGAUAUUUGAGUUUAGCGUCGAGGCUUUGAGACAGCAAAGUGGAAUAGAACUUAAAAGAACUUGAAACAAAGCAGAUCUUGUGAGAUGACCAUAAAAUAUAAUAUUAAUUUCAUCCAUGCUCUUAUUCAAAUGUGUGUUCAUUUUAACAGUAUUUAACUGAGUUCUAGCUGAUAAUUAAAUAGAUGUUAGUGUAUGAAGCUCCAGUAAAGGAAAAUACUGCUUUAGUAAACUGUAACAAGGCAUAAGCAAAGUUAUGUUCCUGAUUUACUUUUUCAGGUGAUCCAGUUGUGUUCAAUAUGGUUUUAAAAUUUCUAGUCCUUAAUGCCAAGUCUUGUUGCCAUCAUAGCUGUGGUGUGGGUGGAAAAGGCAAACCAGAAAUGAGCAGAUCUAACUGUAAGCUACUUUGCAUGUUGUCUAUUGGCUAUAAAUUGCAGGAGUCAUUGACUCAGUGGAACAAAGUGCAUUCAGGUAAGAGAACUGUGUAUUGCUGUAUCUAGCUACAGGUCUGCACUGAAUAUCCAUAUUUCUAUAAACCACUUCUAUCAGCCAGUCAGUAACAAUGCUUCUGUAGCUUUUUAAUUCGUUGUGUUUAAUACGAUCAAUUACUACAUCACAUAAGAUGCAAGGAGACUGGAACAUUAACUUUUUCUUCAAUAUCGUUUAGAUAUUUUCAGGUAUUACUCAGCAGUCUUAAAAUUAGCGCGUCUUGUUUCCUUGGAUUUCACUUUGCUCUGAAGAUUGGUGAGUCUCUGCUCUGAUGGGAAGAGGAUUCUAACAUGUGCUCAGUGCAGACAGUAAGGCAGCAGACAAAUGUAUGGAAUGCUGUCAUGCAGCAGAAGUGUCGGUGCAAAACAAACACUGCAAGUACCACAGGGGGCUGUGUUUUUUGGUUUCUUGCUGUAUGUAGAUACUUUACUAUUCACUUUUUGCUAUUCAGUGACUUUAUUUCGUUCUGACAAUUUUCUACUGUGACAUCUUGAAAAUAUUUUUAGAAUAACACAACUUGUGUUAAAAAAGAGAAAGAUGAUUAUCUACUGCUUUUGUUUUAUGAACAUAUAUAUUCAUUUCUAAUCUUUCAGUAUCUCUAUUAAUUCAAAAUGAAUGUGUCUGCAUGCCAUCAGUGUGCCUAUACAAAGAUCCAUUUAAGAUGCAUGUGACUGUCUCUCUUAUCUAACAGCAUGCUAUAAAGGAACUCUGAACUCCCAAGAUUUCUGUACUGAGAUCCAUUUUGAUAAGAAAAUAACAAACAGCACUGAAUACAGAUGUAUAUUGAUGGAAUAUGUUGUUAGAUUGGGUUAUUGAGUGAAAAUUCUCUUACUGUUGAAAGUGGCAGGUGUGAAAUGAUUAGAAAACAUUAAAAUAUCUCUAUCCUUGUGAGGGAUUAAGAUAAUCCAGUUUGCUAUGGAACUGUGCUCUGUAUAUUUGAAACUUUUCAAGGUUGUUGUGAGUAGUGCAGUCUAGAUGUUUCUGGUAACCUAGUUUGUGUUGUGUGCUUUUUCUUUUGUAGAGGGUAUAAUCUAAGUAUUUUAGGAAGCCAAGUAUAGAUGAGGAAGACGUUAAAGGAGCAUUUUUGAAUAGAUUUUGUUGGGAAGUACUGCUUGCAAUUGAGGAUGUUUUCUGCCAUCUGUUGUUCUGAAAUGUUGCAAAUGCAUUAGAAGUCUCACCUGGCAAAUGCCAGUUAGUAAGCGCAGGUGAGUAUUUUGUCCUGUCCAGUAUUGAGUUGUUUAAAGUGUUUUGUAAUUAUGUGUUUCCAGGCUAAAUGCAGAACCUGAUGGAUGGGAAAAGCUACUGUAAUCUCAUGGACAAGUUGUCCAUCACUGCUGACACUCAGUGCAUACAGCUGCCCCGGCCUUUCUGUGCAGACCCACUGGUCAUGUUUCACAUGUACCCAGAAACACCAAACCAGGUCGCUUGCUCUGAAGAUCUGUCAUUCCUUCCUUUCAUGUCUGAGCAUUUCAUCACAGAGAACUUCUACGCUGAGCCCUGUGGCUUUUCCUACCAAAUACCCCACUGCAAUUACAACAGGAGUGAGUACUCCUAUGGGCCGGCUUUCAUCAGGAAGAGGAAUGAGAGGGAAAGGCAGAGAGUUAAAUGUGUCAAUGAAGGCUAUGCUAAAUUGAGACAUCACCUACCUAAGGAAUACUUAGAGAAACGGCUCAGCAAAGUAGAGACUCUCCGUGCAGCAAUAAAAUACAUCAGGUACCUACAGUCUGUUCUGUACAGUGAUUCUAUGGCAGCAGACAAAAAUGUCAUGGAGCCAAGCCAAGCACCUAAAGCAAUUAACAAACAAAGCCAAUUUUUGAAGGCUAUCUAAACUGUUCCAAAUCAAGGGAAAGAUAUCCUGGAUGGGAGCCUGGUAGCCACUGCUGUGUUGUUUAUGAUGUGCACCUUCCUGAAACAUCUAGGAGAUCAUAGUACGCAUCGAUACCAGCCCACAGAAAAGCAUUUUAGUUUUGCAGGUAGUAACUGUGCUUACAGAAGUGUGACUGGAAAAUCACAUCUGAGUGGCCUCAGAUAAUUCAUGGAAAUUGGAAAGCACAUCUAAAAUAGUAACUGAACAAAAAAUACAAUACCUAUAAGCGUGAAUUAAUUGCAUGUGCCAUCACAUUAUUUGUGCUUUGAAAUAAAAUAAAGUCUUUCCAGUGGUGAGGCUAAAAUUCCUUUAUUGUUCUGUACUGUGACUGGUUUGCUCUCAUAUGCCCUUUCAUGGAAGUUUUUUUGUUCUUAUGGCCAGUUUUUCUCUUAGAAAGCGAGGAGGUCUUUAUAAAGGUUCCCAGGAAUGUUGUUCAAAGACAACAAAAUGGAUAAGUUAGUUUAAAAGUGGAAGGAAAAGGGGAGCAGUUCUCUGAAACACUGUCACUGGGCGUAGGAAGAGCAUGACAUCUUGCAAAUGCAGUUUUAUUCCUAUGAGUAAAAAUGUUGAUUCUUUUAAAACUGUUGAUUCUGCCUAAUUUCUAUCCAAAUUCUAUGGAAAUUCGUUUCCAUCUCUCUGUGCACUUAAAAAUUAGGACUGGUUGCACAAUACAAAGAGGGUUGGCAAGAUUCUGGCCUGGGAACAAUUGUGUCCUGUGAAAGAAAUUCUUCUGGGAUCCUCUUCCCCUUAGUCUGUUUCUCUGUGUUAUCUGAUGAUUUCAGCUAAUCAGUGUAGAACAGAUUUAUGCCAAGAUGGUGAAGAGAGUUUUAUCUUGUGAUUAGCAAAAUGUUCUUAAUGUUUGCUGCAUGUCAGGGUUGGCAUUUAACAGCAAUUCGGCUGGCAACAUGAGAGCAGUUUGUCUCUGGUUACAGCAAAAUGUAGAGAAAACGAUUCCAGACUUUGUAAGAGCUGGCAGUCCUUAAUUACAGUCAUCCAUCCCUCUGUUCUCAUGUUUUAAUAGUAGUGAAUUGAAAAAUGACUACUAAAUGCAAUUAAGUAUUUCCCUGCCUGCACUGCACAGACAUAUCACAUAUCAAGGUGUGUACGUUUGUGAAGGAGGAAAUGAAGAAUAGGGAGCGCAGUAGAGAUUAGCAGGAAGAUUUCUAUGUGAUUCUCUGACAUUUUGGAGCAGGUUGCCCAAGGAGGCUGUGGGUGCCCCAUCCCUGGAGGCAUUCAAGGCCAGGCUGGAUGUGGCUCUGGGCAGCCUGGUCUGCUGGUUUGUGACCCUGCACAUAGCAGGGGGGUUGAAACUCGAUGGUUGUUGUGGUCCUUUUCAGCCCAGGCCAUUCUAUGAUUUUGGUUUUGUACAUGCUUUGGAGGAAAGGGGGAGAAUUCACAAAUUCUUCCCCUUUAUUAUGGAAAAGAGAAGUUUGCAAAGGGAUUUGAUCUCAGUUCCUCCCAGCUUUGGCUCUCCUUGUUUGAACCAAUAUAUUUGUGGUGGUGCUUUAUGAUCGUAAAUCUGAACUGCAGCUUUGAAUGAUGAUACAUUUCUUUUACCUUAUGUUACUAUGCGAAGGGCUGGAGGAUGCUUUGCCCUUUUGUAAUCCUUUCUUUGCCCCCAUGGUCUCCCAGUGCAAUAGCUGGAUCACCAGAGCUGCAUUUAGCAGCAAUUGGGCUGGUACAUGGCAGGCAAAGGGUCGUCUCUGCAGCGGGGUCAGGUCAGCACGUCAAUUCCUAGUGGUAGCCAUGUUGCUGACCUCCUUAGCAACUAGAAAGUGCUGGCAACAAAUGCUUCCUGCAUCCAGCAGGGCAAAAGGACAAGGUUUCUAUCUCAAGGCUAAAUACAAACAGUCAAGAUUUAGUGUUAUCAGUAGCUGGUAAGUUUGAAAUGCUUCUGGGUCCAAAUGUGUGGAACUGUUCAGGAAAUCUCGUAGUGCUCCAUAGUUGCCUUUGUCAGAGCCCUGCUUUGUACAUCUAUGCAAUACUUGGCUCUUGGCAGGACAGCUCUGAGCAGCUUUACAGCGGGCUUUAACACGUACUGGAAUUUGCAUUCCUUUAGAAAACAUUAUGGAUUCCAGCUUUUUGUAAUAGGGGAGCUUGUGUAGUAAGUAUGAGUUUGAUGUGUUGGUUUGCUCUUUAUAAGACAUGUUUUUCAGCAGUUAUUUACUUGCCUUUGUUGUGUUUGAAAUUAUGUACCGUUUGUAGAUGAUAGAAUCACUAAUUGUAUCUUUUAUGAGAUGAAAUAAAGGUAAAUUAGGCACUUGGUUGAUAUAUUGCUCACUCUAUCACAAAUUUUACCCUCAGCAUGCUGAAUAUUUCUAAACAAAAUAUAUUUAUGUAAGAUUAUCAGAGAGCAUCACCUCAUGAAUCCUAAUGUGACAACCUCUGAGUAGUUACUGCUCAUCAAAUCUUAGCAUCUCAUUCUUCUGGUGGCAAGCCAUAGUCCUACUGUUGCAAAACAUGACAGGGCAGUGCGAGAUCAAAAUAUUUCCUCUUAAUAUAUCAUAGGCAAUUCUGUUCUAGCACUACAGUCAGAAGCUGUCUGCUCAACUAUGAACUUCAGCUGCAGUUUCUGUUUUAGCUUGUAGAGCAGGGAGGGUUGAGCUGGCUCUGUGUAUAAGGAAGCUCUAAAGGAGAGUGUAGGUGUAAGAGAAGAGCUGCGUGUUACAGAGGGGAACAAAAGCUGCAUCUAGUUAAGAACAUUGCUUUCCUUAGGAUUUCCACAGCAAGAGUGUUUCCCUGGAUGUUUAUGUCCCUUUACUAGAUAUAGAUUUAUAGACUCACAGACUGGUUUGGAUUGGAAGGGAUCUCAAAGAUCAUCCAUUUCCAACUCAUUUGCUGUGGCUAGGGUUGCCAACCACAAAUUUGAAUGACUGGAAGUCACUGAAGUCAGUGAUAUGGGUUCACAUGACAAAACACCAGACUGGAUACUUUGAAUUCAGUCUUUAUUUCAUGAGAGCAAUUAGUAAAAGUUACUGAGAUCUUGAGGGUAAUCUGGAAAACAUUUGCUUGGCUUGAAAAAUGCCAGCACGUUGUCUCUUUUCAACUACUGAC